AUUUUGAUUUACUCUCUCUAAACAGAUUUAUUUUCUUUUUAUCUCUCUCUCAUCUGAUUCAUUUUGUUUGGAUUACGACAACAAAAUGGGGCUCUAGAUAAUUCAUAAUCUCACACAUUUUCAAAACCCUAAUCUUGAUUUAGGAAAUGGAGCAAGUUGAAACCCUACCUGAAAGUCCUAGUCUUUCUGAAGACCCACUUCCCAAAACCUCUCCUGAGAAAAGUUCUCAAGAAAAUGGAAUUAGGGUUUCUCCAAAUGGGAAGGAAGUUGGUUCUGAUGUUAAUGAUUUAGGUGGUAGUGGGGAGGUUGUUGAUGGGACUGGAGAUGCUGUUCAUUUGGGUGAUGAGGGUGAGGAAAUGAGUCUCGAAGACUUCGAAGUUAGUAAUGGCGCGUCUUCUUUGUUGGAGAUGCAGGGGAGUAAGGGUUUACAUGGGUUAGAUUCUGUUUUAGAUGUUAUGCAACUAGAUGAGGAUUUGGGUGUUGGGAGUGGGAAUGGCGAGGGCGAGGGCGAGGGCGAGGGCGAGGGCGAGGGCGAGGGCGAGGGCGAGGGCGAGGGCGAGGGCGAGGGCGAGGGCGAGGGCGAGGGCGAGGGCGAGGGCGAGGGCGAGGGCGAGGGCGAGGGCGAGGGCGAGGGCGAGGGCGAGGGCGAGGGCGAGGGCGAGGGCGAGGGCGAGGGCGAGGGCGAGGGCGAGGGCGAUGGCGAUGGCGAUGGCGAUGGCGAUGGCGAUGGCGAUGGCGAUGGCGUUUCUCCUGUUGUAGAUUUAGGCGGGGAUGUUGAUGUCGAUCUUGGGGAUGUUAGUGUUAGUCCAAGUGAUGUUGUAGAAAAGGGUCAAGUUGAUGAGGGUUUAGGGAGAGUGACAUUGGUGGAAAAUGAGGGGGAGAUUGGUAAAGUGAGUGGUGGCAACGGUGAGGAGUUGGUGAAGCAAGAGAGUGGAGAUGAUGAUCAUGAUUUUGGAAUUGGUGAUUUUGUUUGGGGGAAGAUUAAGAGUCACCCAUGGUGGCCUGGGCGGAUCUACGACCCUUCUGAUGCAUCUGAUUCAGCCUGCAAAGUGAAACAGAGGGAUAAGAUUCUCGUGGGCUACUUUGGUGAUCACACGUUUGCCUGGUGUAAUUCAUCUCAGUUGAAACCUUUAGAUGAGAAUUUUGAGAAGAUGUCCGCGCAGAGUAACGCGAAGAUAUUUGUCAAUGCAGUUGACAAGGCGAUGGAUGAUGUUGGGAGACUUGUGGACUUGGAGAUGACCUGUGCUUGUGUGCCCAAAGGCAAUUUGAUUGGAUUUGGUAGAACAUUGUCCAAGAAUGCUGGAAUUAAGGAAGGACUUCUCAUUCCUGAAGGUGGAAUUGAUAAGUUCUCAUCCACUUUGUUUGAACCCAUACAAAUUCUUGGUUCGAUAAAAGAUACUGCACAGAUUGGUAUGGCCACUAACAAACUAGAGCUUACGGUAGUAACAAGUUGGCUAUCGGCUUUCUAUCGCUCUAAAGGUGGCCACCAGUUGCCUUUUUAUAAUGAUCCAAAGCUUAUCGAAGGCCUUGAAGAUAAAUCCGGUGAUUGGGUGGUGGACUUGAGUAAUUACAGUAACGGAGGGGAUGUUAGAGUUCAAGGUCCUAUUGAAGAAGAUUGGCUUUCUUCACCUCGGAAACAGGAGCAGCCAGGUGAAAGUAUGUUGCGGAAGUGCCAGGGGGGUUCAGAGGCUGGACAUUAUCAGCGAAGGAAGCAGAAAAGCCUUGCUAAAAUUUUGGAAGGGCCCAUUGAUACUGAGGCUGAAAAUCAGGAUGAUGAGUUCACUGAAGGAGGAGCGCUGUUGAGCAAUUUAACAUCUUCAGCCAAUAGAAAAAAGAGGAAAUCUAUGGGAGAGAACACGAAUGCUGAUGCUAAAAUUGAGCCGGUGGAUGCGACUCAAGUAGAAGCUGCUUCUUCUGCAGGAAAGAAAAAGAGGAAAGCUAAUGAUGAAGUCGACGCUGAAGGCAAAAAGAAGAGGGGACGAAAGAAGAGGAAAGUCACCAGCGAUGCUGAUACUGAAGACAAUAAGAAGACGGAGGAUGUGGCUAACGCAGGAGCAACCACGCCUACAACGCCUGCACCUGGAGGAAAGAAAAGGAAAGGCAAAAAGCUUUCUGAAUCUGUCACUGAGGAAAACGCUAAACUCACUGGUCUUGAUGCUAACGCUAGUGGGGUAAAGAAAGAAACUGUUAAGACUCCUUCAUCGAGAGGAAGGAAGAAAAAGGGAAGUUCCGAUGUUAAAGAUGAUGGCAGUGCAUCUGCCAAGAAGGUGAAAAGUAACUCAAGUAACAAGGGUAAAGUAAAGGAACAAAUCACGGAUGGUUCUUUACUGAGGGAAAGGAAAAGGAGCAAGUACUUAUCUCCUCCAUAUACAAACAUCGAUAGAGGACAAAAGAAGAAUGAGGUUGAAGCCGAAUAUUUGAAAGUCUCCGGGGAGGCACGAUUAGCAGAAAAAAUGACCAAGGCUGCCAGCCAGCUUAUAUGUUCUCCUUCGAUUUUAAAGCCUAGUGGUGAGAAAGUUCAGAAAAAAUCCUCUAAAAAGCAGGGCGUAGGGCAUGCUACUUCUGAUAUUUCAGGUUCUGAAACACCGAAACAAGAUUCCAACAUUAUUGCUGAUCCAAUGAUGGCCUCUCAAUCACCGAAACAAGAUACCAACAACAUUAUUGUUGAUCCAGUGAUGGUUAAGGCUCCUGCUAGCGAAGUUCUAUCCAAAAUGCGAUCUGCAGCUCUUAAUCCCACUUCUUUGAAGGAAACCAAUUCUGUUAAUGCGGUUGAGGAAUUCGUUUCUGCUUUCAGAAAUUCAAGCUAUUGCACUGUGCUGGAUGGUGAAUACAGGGAGCUUUCUUCAGGUAAAAAGAGGAAGUUGCAAAAAAGUGAAGCAGGGUCAUCGAUAAAGGAGCAAUAUAAGAGUGACCAAAGCUCAGCUGAUCAGAAAUUCCGGCCAACAAAAUCUAAAAAGAAGGAAGCAAAGAUGGAUAAGCCUAAAACAAAAGAAGCUGACAGUGCACCAGAGAUGAACACAAAAGAAAAUGAUGAAUCUGAAGGCGCAGUCCUUUAUGCAUCAUUUGGUCCAGGAUCUAAUUUGCCUACAAAGAAUGAUCUGACUCAGAUGUACGGAAAGUACGGAGCUUUAAAUGAACAAGAUACAGAGAUGUUUUACACUAAUUUCUGUGCAAGAAUUGUGUUUUUAAAUUCUUCAGCGGGAGAAGAAGCCUUCAACGAAUCUCUGCUUUCCAGUCCUUUUGAAUCAGCUUCAGUGACUUUCCGGCUUCAUUAUGGUGCUGCAGAAACCAAGACUCGAGAAGUCAGAGAAAUAUCAAGUAAUGAAGUUCCUCCGCAGGCGAAAGAGAGAGCAAUGACCACUCAAGGUAUGCCAUCUGGUUCACAAUCUUCUGAUAGCAAUGAGUCACAACUGAACUUUGUAAGACAGAGGCUGGAGACAAUAGCAUUAUUGGUGGAGUCCUCAGUUGGAAAGAUAGCUCCGGACAUGAAAUCGACUUUAGAAGGUGAAAUGAAAGUUGUCUUGGAGAAGGUAAUAUCUAUGGUAGAUGGUUCAUCUUAAUUAGUACAGCAGGUGAUUUUAGAGAGUAGAGAGAGUAGAACUUUUGUUUUUGCCCGGGGGGAGAACGGAAUACACAGGUAUGAUGUAUGUGCAGGUGUAGAGAUAGUUGUUUUUGGGUAUAUCUGUAUGCAUGAUUGUGAUGAUGGCAAGUAGUGUAGGAGUUUUGUUGUGUGAUACAAAUGGUUAGUUUUGUUCAUUCAGCUAUGCUUACCACCAUAGACAGGUUAUUAGUAUGAUAUAUAAUUCGUAUUGCAGGACAUGCAAAUUUAUGAAUAUAGACUCGGUAUUAUCCAA